UCCUGCACAGGGCUCCCUGGCACCGGGCACAGGCAGCAGCACCCUCCGGGCACAGCCGGGGUGUAUCCUCUUCCCCCCGGGCACAGGCUGGGGGCAGCACCGGGGGCGGGGCCGGGCGGGGGGUGCGGGAGCCCCGGCCCCUCCGUCUCCCCGCUCAGUGGUAGGAGCCGCUAUGAAAACAAAGGAGGAGACGCCGGAGAUAUAAGGAUGGGAGCCGCCGUGUGCGGGCAUCAGAGGCAGCAUCGCCGCGUCCCCCCGCACCGCCUGCCGCAGCGCUAGUGCCCCGGACCCAGAGAACAUGGACACAGAUGACCCUCUGCUCCAAGAUGCGUGGCUGGAUGAUGAAGACGAGGAGGUGGCUGUCAGAUCGCCCAUAUGCAAUACGUGCCGGUGGACUUCUAAGCCUUGUACGGACUCCAUGCCGACUUGUGAGUUUUGGAACAUAGUGGGCUGGAUAUUCACAAAUGUUUAUUGCGCCACCUUUCUGUUAGCCUUCGGAUGUCUAGUUCCCGUGGUUCUCUCCGUCCUCAUGUUUGUACAUUACCCCACACUGGAUAUUGACAUCUCCUACAAUGCUUUUGAGAUCCGUAACCACGAGUCCUCCCAGCGAUUUGACGCCCUCACCCUGGCCCUGAAGUCCCAGUUUGGCACCUGGGGGAGGAACAGGAGAGAUGUGGCGGACUUUACAUCAGAGACUUUACAACGACUCAUGUUUGAGCAGCUCCAACAGCUCCACCUGAAUAGCUCUCAGCUAGACAGCCCCGUGAGAGUGAGACGUGACUCCUUGUGGCACAAUACCACAGUAAGGACUAACCACACAGCCACCGAAUCUUCAGCACCCACCUUCUCUGCAGCCAACCAGUCUCGUCACCCUCGUGGGGCAUCAGUGAAGGAGUUCUCCGGUGUUUACGUGACCCCCAAUACGCAGAGCCACGCUCAUUGGCGCAUUGAGCUCAUUUUCUUAGCGAGAGGGGACGAUGAGAAUAACAUAUUUACAAAGGAACGAUUGCUGACCAUCCACAGGAUUGAGCGGAAGAUCAUGGAUCACCCCCAUUUCCGGGAGUUUUGUUGGAAACCUCAUGAAGUUCUCAAGGACCUUCCGCUGGGAUCAUACGCCUACUGCUCACCUCCAAGUUCCCUCCUCACCUACUUCUUUCCCACGGAGAAAGGGGGAAAGAUCUACUACGAUGGCAUGGGUCAGGACUUGGCCGAUGUGCAUGGUUCUCUAAAGCUAGCAAUGACCCAUCCCGAGUUUUACUGGUACGUGGAUGAGGGUCUUACCACGGAAAACCUGAAGAGCUCCCUCCUGCGGAGCGAGAUUUUGUUUGGGGCCCCUCUACCUAACUAUUACUCAGUGGAAGAUCGGUGGGAGGAGCAACACAGGAAGUUCCAGAGUUUCGUCACCACUUAUAUAAACAUCUUAUCAAAAGAGUCCACCAGCAAGGUGCAGGUCCUGUACGGCGGCACCGACCUCUUCGACUUUGAAGUGAGGACGACGUUUAACAAUGACAUGUUACUGGCCUUCAUCAGCAGCAGCUGCAUCGCCGUCCUGGUGUAUGUCCUCACCUCCUGCUCAGUGUUCCUGUCCUUCUUCGGGAUCGCCAGCAUUGGCCUCAGUUGCCUUGUGGCCCUUUUCCUCUAUCACGUGGCCUUUGGAAUACAGUAUCUGGGAAUCCUGAAUGGGGUGGCAGCGUUUGUCAUUGUUGGGAUUGGUGUGGACGACGUCUUUGUGUUUAUAAACACGUAUCGCCAGGCGGAUCAGCUGACAGACCCUCGGCAGCGCAUGAUCCACACAGUGCAGACGGCUGGGAAAGCCACGUUUUUCACCUCGCUCACCACUGCGUCCGCCUACGCAGCCAACAUCUUCUCUCAGAUUCCGGCUGUACAUGAUUUUGGACUGUUCAUGUCUCUCAUCGUCUCCUGCUGCUGGGUGGCCGUUCUCUUCAUCAUGCCCGCCGCCCUGGGAAUAUGGGCCGCCUAUAUCUCUCCGCUGGAGUCAUCCUGCUACGCAAACUGCCGGGAGAAGUGUCACAGGAGGAAGCGCUUGGACAUACAUGAUGGGCUGCUGGUCGGCCAGGACCCCUGCUGCAGACCGGUACCCGGCACUAUCCCGUACCUAGAUGAUGACAUCCCUCUGUUAACGGUUGAGGAAGACUCAGUCGCCCUGGAAUCUGGCGAUGUGCCUCUGGUGUCCGUGCUCCCGGACCGUUUAGAGCAGAGGACAGACACAGAUGGAAGAAAUGAAGUGAUCAGAUGGCUACGUACCACCUUGCACCACUGUGUCCUAUGGACCAGCGAUAAGGGCCGCUACAUCACUGUAGGUGUGUUUGUAGCGGUGCUCGUCCUCUCUGUCGCCUUCGCGGCUCAUCUUCAUCCCGCCAGCCGGGCCCCCGUCCUCUUCAGGCCAGACACUAAUAUACAGCUGCUCCUAGACCUCAAGUACAACCUGAGCGCCGAGGGAAUAUCCUGCGUCACCUGCUCCGGACUGUUCCAGGAGAAGCCGCGCAGCCUGCAAAACAACAUCCGUACCUCAUCAGACAAGAAGAAGAGGGGGUCACUCUCAGCCUGGAACACCAGGACGUCCACCGGUGACGCUGGGCAUGAAGAUCUGCAGAGAACGCUCUAUGUGACCAGAUGUAAGUGGGAGAGACGGACUACAAUAUACAGACUGUCCUUUAAUGCGACUGCCCCCGCCCCCUGGCAGACAGCGGUGCCGGGCGACGAUGACAUCACCUCCUUCCAGGUGUAUAAGAUUCCUUACGGUAACUACACGUGGAAGCUGACCGCUUGUAUGUCCACCAUAGGGCUGCAGGGUGACACGUGUCCCAGGAAGUGGAUGAUCACCUCCUCUGCAUGCGACAUUCGGAGAGGAUGGAAAUUUGACUUCAGUUUCUAUGCUGCAGAUAAGGAGCAGUCCUCUGCCAGAAAGCUGUAUUUUACGUUGGUGCACAAAAACCCUACACAUGGCAGAAUCUGCACCUCGGCGGCCGGGUGUCUCGGGUCUGGGUCAGACGUAUUCAACAGAGGUUUCUUCUAUACACCCCCGGAGAGAGGAGCUCUGAAGAAGUUAUCUCCGACACUGGACUUUAAUCCUUGUUUGAACACAGCCUGUGGGAAGCCUGCGGUCCGUCCCCUUGUAGACACCGGAGCCAUGGUGUUUGUCGUGUUCGGGAUUCGAGGAAUAAAUCGGACAAGGAUCCCUGAUAAUCAUGUGCUCGGGGAACUGGGCAGAGUGAUCUACGAUGAGAAGUUUGACCUCUUUAAAGAGAUUGGUAAUCUGUGCCGGCUGUGCAAGUUGAUUGGCAGUAACUCAGAGCUGGUGAAGCCCGGAGGAGCGCAGUGCCUACCUUCAGGUUACAGCAUAUCCUCCAUCCUGCAGAUGUUACACCCAGAGUGUAAGAGCAUCCCGGAGCCAAACCUUCUCCCGGGACAGCUCUCCCACGGGGCCGUCGGAGUCAAGGACGGGAAGGUCCAGUGGAUCUCUAUGGCGUUUGAAUCGACCACCUACAAGGGCAAAUCCUCCUUCCAGACAUACAAGGAUUAUUUGACGUGGGAGUCAUUCCUGCAGCAGCAGCUGCUGCUCCUCCCGGCGGACUCUGCGCUGAAACACGGCUUCCAGACUUGUGAGCAUUGGAAACAGAUCUUCAUGGAGAUCAUAGGUGUGCAGAGUGCCUUGUACGGCCUGAUCCUGUCACUUGUCAUCUGUGUAGCUGCGGUCGCCAUCUUCACCACCCACCUCCUACUGCUGAUCCCCGUACUGCUGACAAUAUUAGGUGUUGUGUGCUUAGUGGUGACCAUCAUGUACUGGCUGGGCUGGGAGAUGGGAGCUGUAGAGGCAAUUUCCCUGUCCAUCCUCGUCGGCUCAUCAGUGGAUUAUUGUGUCCAUUUGGUGGAGGGUUACCUACUAGCCGGAGAGAGCCUCCCUCUGCAUCUCAUGGAGGACCCAGUGGCGUGCCGUCAGUGGAGAGUCACAGAGGCCAUCCGCCAUGUUGGUGUGGCCAUCGUGUCCAGCGCAAUCACAACCGUCAUAGCCACCAUCCCUCUCUUCUUUUGCAUCAUCGCUCCCUUUGCAAAGUUUGGAAAGAUUGUGGCUUUGAACACCGGCAUCUCCAUCCUGUACACUCUGGGCGUGAGUACGGCGUUACUCAGCAUCAUGGCGCCCAGCGCGUUUGUCAGAAGCAGGACUUCUUUCCUGAAAGCCGUUCUGGUGGUCAUCCUCUGCGCCGCUGGGAGUCUCUGUGUUUACGUUGUCCUACUGAAAACAGGGUUGACCAUUCCGUUCCUCAGCGGGACUCCGGCAUAGUGCAAACUUUUUCUACAUCUCUUUUCUAUACACACUUUUUUCCUCAGCGGCGGAUAAUGUCGGAUGUGCGCAGCACACUGUGUUUUCUUUUAUUACAAAUGCACUUUUCUUUCUAUAGAUGAUGCAUUCAACAGCGCCCCGGGAGCCGCAUAGAUUCUUAGCCGCGCGGAACCUGUGCCAUUACCGCCUGACGCCGUAGCAGAGGAUUGUUGUAUCGUAUAGACGCAGCAUUUGUGGCCUUAUUCAGCAUUGAAGGUCCAGCAAAAAUGGUUGUAAUUAUGAGUGACGUUUACAGGGCGUACGUAGGGAUCGCGGCGGCCCGUACAAGGCUGAGUCCUGUUCAGGACGCUGUAUUACUACUGUACAAACUGUAUUUUCCAAACUUGUGUUUUCCGUGCACCCUCUGGAAGGGCUCUCCGUGUAGAAUUCUGCCUGUAACAUAACAUAUACGUAGACUAGUGUGUAAUUGAUGUUUCUCACCUUUUCCUGUGGACGCUACUUUUGUUUAAUUGCUGUGGCACACGCCUCUCAGACUUUGUGUUAUUCUUUUGCAAGCUGGUCAUGUCCAGAAAAACGACUGUGCAACGCGUUUCACCAAACUGCUAAUGAGCAGUGGCUACUUCCUAAGCAGAUGGACAGAUUGUUUUCUAAUGGCACAAAAUGAAAGCUGGCAUUGUUACAAUCAGCUGUGUACGUGGAACAGUUUGCUGGUCAUCUGUGGAGGUCCUGUAAAGCAGACACAGCCUCGGGGGAGGACGCCAGCUCUCUAGUUUGCCAGCAGUGUUGUUACAGGCUCAGAGUCCUUUACAGGAAAGUUUAGAAAUAAUAACAAACAACUUGCCUGGAUCUUUUGUUCUAAAAGCACAAUUGCGGCUGGAUUCAGAAAACCAAUAUUCCUCCAGUAAUGAGCAGACUGUAGAUGUGUGACUUUGUAAUUUGUUCAAUUAAAACAAAACUUGGAAGGAGC